AUUAAUUUAUAAUAUUUUCUAAGAUUUCUUAAAGAAUUAUAAUGCUCUUUUAAGGUACCAGAGUUUUAGGAAAAAAAGAUUAGAAAAGAUAAUAAAAAAAUAGAAUUUGUGAAUCGAAUGUCCAGUCGGGUCGUAAAAAUAUUUUUGAAAACAAUGAAACGUCAUCAGGAGAAUAUCCGUGUGGUUUUCCACUCUCUGUGUGCCCCCAGGGGCUCCAUGUGAAUGCAAUAAUAUGUGAUAUGUGUAGUAUUUCCAAAUGUCUUCCAAAAGAAAUCAAAAUAUCCCAGGAAAUGUGAUUAAAUUCAUCCUCCUGGCUGUGCUCUGCCUCAUUUGCUAUGGUAGUCACUUGGAUGGGGAGUUUGUCUUCGAUGACACAGUGGCUAUUGUGAAAAAUUGGGAUGUGACUGGACGAACGUCCCUCGGAGAGAUCUUCCGGCAUGAUUUCUGGGGCUACAACAUCACAGAUACAUCUAGUCACAAGUCCUACCGUCCACUAACAAUACUCACUUUUCGCCUGGAGCACAAUUUAUACGGAUUGUAUGCUUUCCGGAUGAAGGGGGUUAAUUUAUUCCUCCAUAUUCUCGACACUUGGCUCAUUAUUCCCUUCUGGAGAAGCUAUUUCCCUUCAGGGGAAGAUCAAUGGGUAGCUUUUGGGACUGCAGCAAUGUUUGCCAUUCAUCCCAUUCACACAGAGGCUGUUUCAGGGAUUGUAGGUCGUGCAGAACUUCUUGUUGCUUGCACAUUCCUCCUAUCGCUCAUCCUGUACAACACUCAAAUUGCCCAGAAAUCAUCGGCUACGGUGUUAGCAUACCUGGGAUUUAUCUUCCUUGCAAGUUUGGGUCUUCUUUUCAAAGAGAAUGGCAUUACAAUCUCCCUAAUGGCGAUAGCUACCGAAGUAAUCCUGAACACAAACUUGCUUCAGAAAUUGAGAGAUUUAGAGAUUCCCCUGAAUUUCCCAAAGCGUGUAUUUGCAAGGAUUUGCAUCCUUCUUGGGGUUUGCUCUGCUCUCUGUGUCUUUCGUUUGUGGAUCAUGGAGUUUCAGAGCCCCAAUUUUAAAGUAAUGGACAAUCCAGUGGCUGCUAGUGAUGAGAUUCUAACAAAAUCCCUGAGUCAGGUUUAUCUGUACGCCCUCAAUUACUGGAUAAUGCUCUGCCCUGAUUGGUUGAGCUUUGACUGGGCACUGGGUUCCAUUAGUCUCGUGGAAUCCUUCCUGGACAUUCGCUGCGUAUUCAUUGUGAUAUUCUGUGCAUUCCUCUUGGGCAUUAUUUGGACUUCCAUCCCAUCAAAGCAGCAACUUCUGGCAAUCUCCCUCAUUGUGGUGCCCUUCCUCCCAGCAUGUGGCAUUAUAAAGUUGGGAUUUGUCAUUGCUGAACGUGUGCUGUACCUCUCAUCCAUUGGACAUUGCUUCUUGGUCAUCCUUGGUGUCCGGAAGCUCUUGUACAACUUUCCGGGAGCACGAAAAUUCAUUGCUGCAGUUCUUAUCGUCUCUGCGAUGAUUUUUGUAGCAAGAACACGUGUCAGAGCGAAGGAAUGGACCACAGAGGAACUCCUCUUCUCCUCUGCACUUCGUGUCUGUCCCAACAAUGCCAAAGUUCACUACAACAUUGCUCGCUUGGCCACAGAUCGGGGGCAAAAGGAGAAAGCCUUCAAGUUCUACCAUCAAGCCAUUGAGCUCUUCCCUGAUUAUGAGUCUGCAAUAAUGAAUUUGGGGAAUCUCUACCGUGAAAUUGGGGAAUUCCAGAAAGCUGAGGAGCUCCUCCUCCGUUCCGUGGAAUUGCUGGAGGAAUUCCCGGCUGCUUGGAUGAACCUCGGCAUUGUCCAGGCGGCAUUGAAGAAGUACAACCAGUCGCUGGAGAGCUACCAGAAAGCCCUAAAAUACCGGAAGCACUACCCAAUGUGUCUCUACAACAUUGGGAAUCUCUUCAUUGAGAUGCGCAACACCUCCAUGGCGCAUCAAUUUUGGUCCGAAGCUAUUGCUCUCAAUCCUCGCCACGGAAAGGCAUGGGCAAACAUUCUCGCCCUGCUGGACAAUGAAGGUCAAACGGAGGAGGUUGUAAGGAUGUCUGCAAUCGCCCUGCAGCACAUCCCCAAUGAUCCGGCAAUCUUCUUCACGCGUGCCAAUGCUUUUGGCAAACUCGGAGACUUUCAGGAGUCAGAGAGACUCUUCCUGCGUGCAAUAGAACUAAGGCCAAACUAUGCUAUGUAUUAUGCAAAUCUCGGUGUUCUCUAUCAUCGCUGGCGGAGACAUUCACAAGCUGAGGAAUACUACCGGAAAGCCCUAAAAGUUGAUCCAAAUCUCCGCAGUGUCCGGGAGAAUUUGUCCAAAUUGAAGAAGAAGUAAAAAAACGAAAGUUUCCUAGGAA